CGCGUGCUGCCUCUCACUCUCACCCUCUCGCCGCACACUCUCUCGCAUCUCUCUAGCGCCCUCGCCGCGCCCACGUCCGUGCCGCCGGCGCGCUCCCCCGCUCGGCCCGCCCGCACCGGCUGUGCACCGCAUCCGCCUCUCACAGCAGCAGCCAUGUUUGGCAGCUCCAGCCGCGCGUCGAGCAGCCGCCUCGCGGCCGCGCGGCCAGCCCGGCGCAGUGCCGCGCCCUCGUCCUCGCGCGUGACGCCGCGCCGGCUGCUCUCCCUCGCCGCUUCGGCCGCAUGUGCUGCCUCGCUCGUCGCCACCGGCGCCGCCGCGGGCCGCGCCGCCGGCGAGUUUGAGGUCGUGCAGGCCAACUCGCUGGCGUCGGCCAUGAUGAUGGCCCUCAUCAACGACCACGACGUCGUCAUUCUCGACAAGGUCGAGAACAACGAGGCCAAGCUCGACGACGGGCGGCCGGUGUGGGGCAGCAUCCUCAGUCUCGACGACAACACCAUCCGUGCCGUCGACGUCAACAGCAACACGUUCUGCGCCAGCGGCGGCCACCUCGGCAACGGCUCGCUGCUCGUGGCCGGUGGCAACCAGGCGGUGCAGUACGGCGGCGCCUCGCUCACGCCCGGCCAAGAUCCCACGACGGGGCCGUACAAGAACACCGACGGCAGCCAGGCGCUGCGCAUCAUGGACUUCACCGACACGAGUGCCAAUCUCGAGUGGAACGACGGCACGCAGUUCAUGGUCUCGAAGCGCUGGUACCCCGGCAUCGAGACGCUCGCAGACGGCAGCAUCCUCCUCAUCGGCGGCGCCACGGGCGGCGGCUACAUCAACCGCAACUACCCCAACGACUCGCCGCCGUUCCAGGGCGGCUCGCUGCAGAACCUCAACGGCGGCGGCGCGAACCCGACGUGGGAGUUCUUCCCGUCCAAGGGCAACACGCCGGCCGUGAGCAACUUCAUGAGCGUCACGAACGGCCUGAGCAUGUACCCGCACACGUUCCUCAUGCCCAGCGGCCUGCUCUUCAUGCAGGCCAACGUCAGCACUGUGCUGUGGGACUACAACACUAACCAGGAGACGUACCUCGCCGACAUGCCGAACAACAACGUGCGCGUGUACCCGGCCUCGGGCGCCACGGCCAUGCUGCCGCUCACGCCGGGCAACAACUACACGCCGACGAUUCUCUUCUGCGGCGGCGCCGUGCUGAGCAACGACCAGUGGGGCAACUACACUGCGCCCAACGUCAAUGUGCUCAACAUCGAGGCGAGCAAGGACUGCUCGAGCAUCACGCCCGAGACGGCCGACGGCAAGCAGACGGGCAGCGGCUACGUGCACGAGGAGGACCUGCCGCAGGGGCGCACGAUGGGCCAGUUCAUUCACCUCCCCGACGGCACCAUGGUCAUCGUCAACGGCGCCAACAAGGGCACGGCGGGCUACUCGAACCAGACGUGGACGUUCACGGCCGACGGCACGCGCACCGAGGGCAUGUCGGCCGACCCGACGUACCAGCCGGUGCUGUACGACCCGACGAAGCCGCAGGGCCAGCGUCUCUCGAGCACGGGCUUUGCGCAGAGCAACAUUGCGCGCCUCUACCACUCCUCGGCCAUCCUCAUUCCCGACGGCAGCGUGCUCAUUGGCGGCAGCAACCCGCACCAGGACGUGGCGCUCACGAUGCCGCUCAACUCGGUGCCGCAGGCCUUCAACACGACGUACGAGCUGGAGAAGUGGUACCCGCCGUACUUCUUCCAGGAGCGGCCCGUGCCGACGGGCCUGCCGAGCAGCAUCCUCUUUGGCGGCAACACGUGGAAGUUCAAGAUCGACGCCGCCUACAUGAACCGCGACAAUGCGGCCAACUACCGCGCCAAGACCACAAAGGUGCGCGUGAUCCGCCCCGGCUUCUCGACGCACGCCAUGAACAUGGGCCAGCGCUCGCUCGAGCUCGCCGUCGCGUACACGGUCAACGACGACGGCAGCGUCGACUUUGAGGCGAUGCCCAUGCCGCAGAACAAGAACAUCUUCGUCGCCGGCCCCGCGCUGCUCUUCGUCGUCGUCGAUGGCGUGCCGAGCAAGGGCGCGUACAUUCAGAUCGGCUCGACGAGCAUGUCCGGCGUCAUUCCGAACAACUACGCCGUCGCGGCCAACCCGACGCUGCGUGCCUCGACGACGCAGUCGGCCAAGAGCUUCAACGGCGUGCCGGCCAAGGACUCGUCCAGCUCGUUCGGCCUUGGCAAGAUCAUCGGCGUCGCUGUUGGAGGUGCCGCCGUGCUGGCGGCCAUCCUGCUCGGCAUCUGCCUCUGGCGUCGCUCGGCGAACCGCAAGGCCGGCGGCGGCGGCAAGAAGGGUGCGACGCGCAGUGCCGGCGCAGGCGUCGUUGCCGGCGGCGCCAUGUACGGCAUGGGCACGUACGGCAGCGGCAACGGGCCAGAGUACAAGCGCGUCGACACGCCCAACUUCAUGCCCGGCCGCGCCAGCAUGGGCACGUUCGACAGCUACCGCAUGAACGACGUCGGUGGCCCUGCCAGCAUGCCCGGCACGCCCGGCACGCCUUCGCAGCGCUACUACGACCAUCCGGCGGCUGGCGCACGCGCUGCCUCGCCGCUCGUGCCCGGCCAGCGCUCGCCGAGCGGCGGCUCAUCUGCGGCGGGCGCGUACCAGCAGCAGGGGUGGGGCGAGCACCAGGCGGCAGGUGACAUGGGAGAGGAGUACUACCGCGACGGUGGCUACUCGGAUCCGUCGCGUCUGUACGAUGCGCACCAGCCAGCCUCGAGCAACCAGCUGGCAGCGCCUUCGCCGUACGCCUCGCACCAGCAGCUCGCGCCACAACAUGCGCGGAGCUAUUCGCAGCAGCACGACUACUUCCGCGGCAGCAACCCGUAGACGGCGACGAGGCCUGCAUCCGGCUCUCCUUCUCUCUCUCUUCAUGCCUUAACGCCUCCACUCAGCCCGCUGCGCCUGCGCUUGCGUUCGACCUCUGCUUGCACGUUCGCUCUACUCGCCGGACCCGUCACCCAUACGAAAGCUCAGCCGCGCGGCGUGGCCCAGCCCGCUCCUUCCUUCUCCACCCCACUUCGCCCUUGACGUCUCCACAUCAUCACUCCUAUCUCCCACGCGCGCGUGCUCUUCGUCCAGCCACGCCCUACUCGUCUGUCUCUUACGCCACGCCUCUCCGGUCCGCGUCUCGUCCGCGCCCGCUCGUGUCUCUCCAGUCUCGUCUCGCUCGCUACCCGCUCUACUCCACACUGCUGUCCGCCAGCCUAUGCGCUCGCCGAAGCGGGUGAAAUAAAUGCGUCUCCAUCAGCUGAAUCGUGGAC